AUGCUUGCAUGCAGCAAUGGCGACUCCGUCUGGCACUAUCUGACGAGUCUUCUCUCUCCCUGUCCAACUCCAGAGCAGGUCAAAGCACAGGAAUUCAUAGACUCCCGCUUGCGGCAGUACAGUGUCGUGCUCUUUGUCGAGAACUCCACCGAGGAGUUUGGGUGUGUCGUGGCCGACGUUGUUCGCCGGUCGCGGCGCGUUAGCCGCUGCAUCGUCAACUUGGAUCAAAUCGAGCAUUCGGAGAUAUUGCGGGAGAUUCAGGUCGUGCUCGAGGAAAAGUCGGGGUCCUGGUCCCUGCCUGUGCUGUUUCUGAAUGGGCAAUGCGUGCCGCAGAUCGGCGCCAUCCGCGACGCGUGACACCGCU